AUGCGGUGCCAUGCUCAGAUGUGUACAAGGCAUUCGUUGAGCUGGAAGAGAAGAUGCACAACCUGUCGAAUCUUGAAGCAGACAAGAAGUCUUACCUGGUCGAGCUGGUGUGUAUCUCCUAGAUACCUGGGUGAUGGUAUGCUGCGCACCCUACGAAAGGAGAUUGAAGAUUUUAUCUACAAAUUUCCCAAAAAAGAUGGUAACACAAGUGAAGCAUGGAUGGAGCAGUUGGCCCAAGAAUAUACUGCUUUUCAAAUUGAAGUGCUCAGAGAAAGGCAACAGAGCACAUUCCUCUUCAAAAUGAUUGGCAAGUCCAAGACGGUACUCCAAUGGUGGAUAGCCAACGGCACGGAUUGGCCAUUAUUGCAGAAUCUGGCAUUGUGUGUCUUUUCUAUGGCAGCAUCCAGUGCCACCUCGGAGUGGAAUUUUUCCACCUUUUGGAUUUAUUCAUUCAAAGCUAUGAAAUCGCCUUGGUACCGAGAAAGUGAAGAAAUUGGUCUAUGUCAAGACAAACAGUCUUCAGAUGUCAGAUGUGCUGCUCAAGGACUAUGA